UGGUGGUGUUCUAAGAUGUUUAUCUGCAAUUUUCUUUCAGGUGAACGAGUGCUUUGUUUUCACGGACCUCUCCUUUAUGAAGCAAAGUGUGUAAAGGUUGCCAUAAAGGACAAGCAAGUGAAAUACUUUAUCCAUUACAGUGGUUGGAAUAAAAACUGGGAUGAAUGGGUUCCAGAAAGCAGAGUGCUCAAGUACGUGGAUACCAAUUUGCAGAAACAAAAAGAACUUCAGAAGGCCAAUCAGGAACAAUAUGCAGAGGGGAAGAUGAGAGGUGCUGCUCCAGGCAAGAAGACUUCUGGUCUGCAGCAGAAAAAUGUUGAAGUAUUUUUCAGACGAGAUGGAGCGCAUACUGUUUGCUGUUUGGAGACCCCUACAAUAUCGACGCGGAAAACAAAAAAGAACAAACAGAAAACUCCGGGGAUCGGGGAAGGGAGCAGCUCCAGUGAGACUCCUCAGCCGCCCCGGAAGAAGAGGGCGCGAGUAGAUCCAACGGUUGAAAGUGAAGAAACAUUUAUGAACAGAGUUGAAGUAAAGGUGAAAAUCCCCGAAGAGCUGAAGCCGUGGCUGGUAGAUGACUGGGACUUGAUCACCAGGCAAAAGCAGCUCUUCUAUCUUCCUGCCAAGAAGAAUGUUGACUCCAUUUUGGAGGAUUAUGCAAACUACAAAAAAUCACGAGGAAAUACUGAUAACAAGGAGUACGCGGUCAAUGAGGUGGUGGCUGGAAUCAAAGAAUACUUCAAUGUCAUGCUGGGAACUCAGCUGCUGUACAAGUUUGAGAGGCCCCAAUAUGCUGAAAUCUUAGCAGAUCACCCAGAUGCUCCAAUGUCUCAAGUCUACGGUGCCCCACACCUACUGAGGUUGUUUGUUCGGAUCGGGGCUAUGCUGGCUUACACUCCUCUGGACGAGAAGAGCCUGGCUUUGCUGUUAAACUAUUUGCAUGACUUCUUAAAGUAUUUAGCAAAGAAUUCCUCUGCCUUGUUUAGUGCCAGUGACUAUGAAGUAGCCCCUCCCGAGUACCAUCGGAAAGCAGUAUAAUCCUCUGCUGCUUUCCAGCCACCCGAGAACCCCAUCCUUGUCGUACUGUCUGCAUCCUGUUCUUCACCUUCCUACUGCACAGGUCUCUAUUGCACAGAUUAUGUACAUGGAGAGUGAAUAAAGUUGUGUGUUUCACGUGGAACCGGCA